AUGGGCAAACACACGCGUUUUCCCAGUUCCACUGGGCCGCUACAAAUAUUCCAGGACGACAUGCCAGAGAAUGUCACCCCAAUGACCAGUCACGCUCCUAUGCCCUCUGGCCCAAAGCAAGCCCGAAGGCCCUUGACCAGCUCAACCUCAAACGUCGUUUUCAACCCGCCCAACGCCUCUCACAAUGCGCACUCGCCCUUCAAGCAAAGGCCUUCCUCCGCUUCGCAAAUCCCACUGGCCUCGGCCCACGGCAACAAACUAAACAUGGUCGCGAUGGCGCCUCCAUCCAGGCGAGGCCAUACCACAGAUUCGUUGCAAAAGAAGCCUUACCUGUCGAACUUUAAGACCGUGCCUCAAAAGCAAGGUUUUGACAUGACCUGGGAUUACGGAAAGGAGAACGUCCACCCUCAGCUCUUCCCGGCACCUCCUGUGAUAGAUUCGUCGGUCAGCAACUACUAUCAGAAGCCAAAUGGCAAGCGAGCUCUCAUGGAGGCUGCUCCCAUCAAGGAAUUUAGGCCUGCCAAGAAGACAAAGGCUGAGCCAGUGCCAGCGACAGAGCCUGAAACAGAGACAGAGGCGACAACAAUUAUUCCUCCCCACGACAGUUUCCCUCCAAUUGUCGAUGAUGGCAACAAACCUGCCCUCAGCUACGCUGACCUGAUUGCCAUGGCCAUAUUCCGAUCCCCCAACCGACGACUGACACUUGCUCAGAUUUACAAGUGGAUCAGCGACAACUACUCCUUUUAUAGCCCUACUGAUGCUGGCUGGCAAAACAGCAUUCGCCACAACCUCAGUCUCCAGAAGGCUUUUGUGAAGAUCGAGAGACCUAAGGAUGACCCUGGCAAAGGCCACUACUGGGUGAUCAAGCCCGGCCACGAAGCACAGUACCUGAACAAGAAACCGACUCGCAAGUCCGCCUCCGCAUCCGAGAGCCUUCACCUCAUAUCGACUCGACUCGAGCCUUCCCGGCCGGCUUCGGCACCGACUCAGGAACCUACGCUACCACCCCCUGCUCCAACCUGCCAGCCGGCUCUGCCACCUCUUCCUACCUCCCAGGCCACCAUGUCAAUGCCAGUCGAUCUCUCGUCUGACGCUACUAUUCCUGUCUCUGACAACCUGGGUCCCGAGGAUGCUGCCGACAAGACAGACCAAGAACUCGCUCUCGACUCAUAUCUCUACUCGCCCCUGCCUGCCGCCAUACACUCGUCACCACCUGUCUCUCGGCAUGUGGAUCAUCGAAGUAACACGCCGCCUCCCGUCUCUCGAAACAUUGCUUCAUCUGUCUCACGGUCUCACAAGCGCAAGUUCGCAUCCAUGGACGACAGCGGUUACUAUUCUUCUGUUGAGAUGUCAUCCGUUAUCAGGCCUAGCCAAAAGCACAUACUGACAUCUGAGGCUGACCGCCCUCGAAACAAGUCGAGGGGCCGUGCGGAGGAGGAGAUCGCCCGUAUUCGGAAAUCAUCUCCUUUUAGCCCAACCAAGCCACGAUUCUAUUCCGCCAUUCCACCUGUCUCUUCGUCUCCUCUCCGACCAGCGUACGACAAGCAGAUGCUGCCACCGAUUACUCCUAUGGUCAAACUCAACCCUCCUGCUCGACCACCUCCAUCGGCGUCUCCAAACACCAACCUUCGACUUCACCGCGAUGCGGUCCGGAACAUGCUCCAGUCACCCGAUAGGAAAGGCGACGCUGAGAACAUUCCUUAUAGCCCAGCUUUCUACUUAGGCAACGACUUCUGUCCGUCCAACUUCGGUGUGAGUAUCCUUAGUGAUGGAGAGUUCUCUAUGAAUCAGGACUUGACUGGUAUGGGUUGCCUCGAAGACGGUACUUUCCCUAUCAUGAGCUCCGUUGAGGCUGGGUCUCCUAUGAAGCGUCCCGCGAAACGUACCCGUCUGGAUCGAACUGUUUCCGCAUCAGUUCUUGGUGAUAUCACCAACUCCGCUGCCAGAAAGCCCAUCGCCUCUGCUCCGCUCCUACGACCACCUGAGCAGUCUAUGCAGUUCGAUACCCCGAGCAAGGCAUUCGAGGGCCUGAGCUCCCCAAGCAAGAUGUUCCAAGAAUCCCCUUUGCGAAAUCAGUCCACAAAGUUUGCCGACUUCCUGAACGUUUCCUUGGACCCCAAUGACUGGACUUCGGGGGCUAUGAUGGACCAACUGGACUUUGCCCGCCCCAACGCUGGCAGCAUUACAGAUAUGCCUGAGCUCGACAUUUUUAAGGGUUUUGACAAGAUUGGAUCCACAUCACAGAACAACAGCAGAAAUCUCCCACGGAGCAACAAGCCCGGGUUACCGCGAAGCUAUACGACUCAAUUUUAA